CUUGACGCAAACCCAAUAUCCAAAUUUCCACACAAGCAAGAAAAUCCGCCCCUAUCUUCCCUAUCUAUCCACCGCCUAAACCACUACUUCCCGCGCAAAGAACCAUCCACCAUCUACUAGGUAGAACCGCACCUCCACAAUGGAUAAACCAGAGAAACGCAAACUGGACACAAAUACGCCGACAGCCCGCGACGAGAAAGACUCCCCCAGCACAGCCGAGAAGCGGCGCAAAGUAAUCGGGCCUUCAUUACCACCACCCGCGGGACGGAUUGAAGACGACAACGACAACACAACCCCCAAUUCCGACGACGAUGACGAUGACGAUGACGAUUUCGGGCCUAGCCUGCCUCCACCGGUAGGCGCAUCGAUAUCUAAACCCUCAAUUGCCUCAACUACAGCCGCACAAAACCAGUCCGAAGCAAAAUCGGCACCGCAACCGCAACGGGACGCAUGGAUGCUUCUCCCUCCUAGCGCAGACGAUCGAUCGUCCCGGAUGGACCCUACAAAACUCCGGAGUCGGAAAUUCCAGACUGGUCGGUCAGCGGGAUCGUCUGCUCCGGGAGGGGUGGAUAGCAUUUGGACCGAGACGCCGGAGCAGAAGAUGAGACGGUUGCAGAAUGAGGCGAUGGGGAUUACUGUGGGUUCUUCUGGAUCUAGCGGAGGAGGUGAGGGUGUCUCGGCGCAGGAGGCGAAGAAGUCGCGUGCGAUGCGGGAGAAAAUAGAACGUUAUAAUGAGCAGAAGAGGAAGGAAGAUGCAGCGGCGCAGGGUGGUGAGGGGCGGAGUAAGAAGGAUGAAGAGGAGGAGGAUGAUCCGAGCGCGAGGGCUUUUGAUAAGGAGAAGGACAUGGCGUUGGGCUCGAAGUUGACGCACGCGCAGCGGAGGGAGAUGAUCAGUAAAGCGUCAGAUUUUGGGUCGAGGUUUACGACGGGGAAGUUUUUAUAAUCGAUCACUGUGUUUGGGGUCUUUCGGACGGUAAUAAGAGAAGUUGUGUACAAUAUAUGUGUGUAUGUAUAUAUAUACCCUAUGACUUUCAUGACUAUUUUUUGGAGCAGGAAGGAAAGGAUGGAAACAUUUGAGUUGGAAAUAUAUCAUUAUUAUUAUUAUUUUUUUUUUAGAUUCUAU